AUGGCAGUCAAGACAGAUAUGUCAAAAGCUUAUGAUAGAGUUGAAUGGAGGUUUAUUGAGAAAGUUCUACAAAGACUCGGGUUUCAUUCCAAAUGGAUACACCUAAUCAUGCAGUGUGUAUCUACGGUUACUUACUCCUACCUAAUCAAUGAUACAGUCCAUGGUUCGGUGACUCCUCAGCGGGGCAUAAGACAAGGAGACCCCCUCUCCCCUUACUUAUUUAUACUAUGUGGACAAGUGCUAUCAGGCCUAUGUCAAAAGGCAGAAAGGGAAGCCAGCUGCACUGCUCUCAUGAGGAUCCUUAAGGAAUACGAGUUAGCCUCGGGACAAAAGAUUAAUACCGACAAGUCUUCAGUCACCUUCUCCUCCAAGACACCAGAAGAAACAAAGGUAUUAGUCAAGGCAGCUCUUGGAAUCGCAAAGGAAGGAGGACAAGGAAAAUAUCUUGGGUUACCUGAACAUUUCGGGAGAAGGAAAAAGGAUCUAUUCACGGUGAUAGUGGAUCGUAUAAGACAGAGAGCCUCGAGCCUGUCCACAAGACACCUAUCCAAAGCUGGUAAACUAACCAUGCUGAAAGCGGUCCUAACGGCAAUCCCCACAUUCUCAAUGUCUUGCUUUGAAUUACCUGUCAGCUUGUGUAAAAAGAUUCAGUCAGUCCUAACUCGCUUCUGGUGGGACACAGCUGAUGGAACCAAAAAGAUGUGCUGGGUGGCUUGGGACAGACUCACAAAACCAAAAGCAGGUGGGGGUUUGGGACUGAGGGAUAUCCAAUUAUUUAAUCAAGCUCUACUGGCUAAACAAGCAUGGAGGAUCUUAACCAACCCAACCUGUCUACUAGCGAGAGUGUUACUAGGCAAAUACUGCCACAACAAAAACUUCAUGGAGGUCACAGUCCCUACGGUUUGCUCUCAUGGAUGGCGAAGCAUACUACAUGGCAGGGAACUCCUAAGAGAGAAUGUGGGUAAAGCAAUAGGGAACGGCUUAGCUACCAAGGUGUGGAAAGACUCAUGGAUAUCACUGGAACAGAACCUCAAACCAUUUGGACCUAUCCCUGAAGCGGCUAUGGAUCUUACGGUUUCAGACCUUCUAACCUCAGACAUGAAAUGGAACAAGAAGAGAAUAGAAGAGCUGUUACCCCUUGUGGCAGAGGAAAUCCAAAUGAUCCACCCAGGGAACCAAGGCACGGAAGACAUCUAUGUGUGGCAACCACUACAAACAGGCAAGUACACAGCAAAGUCAGGUUACUAUACAGCAGCUAUGAAAGGACAACGUAUACAAGAACCUAUACCUGAUGCGUUUGAGUGGGUGAAAGAUAUAUGGAACGCCAAGUGCUCGCCGAAGAUGAAGCUCUUUUUGUGGUCCAUCAUACAAGAAGCCAUUCCCCUCGAAGUAGCAACCAAGGCGAUAAGACUGGCAAGGGAAUGGAUUAAUGCACAAGAUCAUCAGACACAAUCAACGAACGGCUUACCCCAUCCAAACAGGAAACAUCAGUUCAGAAGCGCCACAGGUGGUACUCCGACGUGCAAAUCGGACGCAGCCUACGAUGCUCAAUCAAGGAGAGCUGGACUCGCAUGGAUCAUCAAUAAGCCUUCAGGAAGAAUGAUCCACCAAGAAUCGAGGACCCAAAACUUCGUGCCCUCACCUCUAGUAGCGGAAGCGCUGGCGCUCCGUGCUGGAUUAAUCGACGCAGUAAAGCUCGAGCUCCCUAAGCUCCGGAUGCUCUCUGACAACUCAACGCUCGUUAGAGCAAUCAACAACGACGCGCAGGCGAAGGAGAUCUUUGGUAUCAUCAAUGAUAUUCAACAAAUCUCUUCUGCGUUUGUCGAAAUUUCGUUCACACACAUCUCGCGUUCUUUCAACGAAGAUGCCGACCGCUUAGCUAAAUCAUCUCUUUCAGCUUCUUAA